AUGAAGGAUGAAACCCUUAAAAAGAUAAUUUUUUCAGAUGAAGUAAAAUUAAAAUUUUUUACUGGUGAUGGGGCAAGAUAUGUUAGAUAUUACCCAGGAGAAAGACAUAACAGCAAAAACAUUGUACCUGUAGUAAAACAUGGAGGAAAAUGUGUUAUGGUCUAUGGGUCUAUAUCAUAUCAAGGUGUUGAUAGACUAGUAUUUAUUAAAAAUACUAUGAUAGGGGCUGUUUAUAAACAAAUUUUAGCAAAAAAAUUAAGAUAG